GGCAGCUGCUCCUUGAUCGCGCCUGGCCACGGCGGGGGAUGUGUUCGAUCCUUGAACUCUCCGCGCCACAUCGCCAGCCCUUGGGAGCACGUUCCCGCUUAUCUGCGUGACGAGCCCCUGGCCUGUAUAAAUAGCAGCCGCGAGGAAGCACGAGCCUCACAGGACAGGAGCAGAAGCAGCAGGUGGAGGUGAAACCGGUGGAGAGUCGCAACCGAAGAUGAAGGCAGCCCCUGUGAUCCUCGCCCUGCUGUUCCUCACAGGGACGCAGGCCCGCUACUUCUGGCAGCAUGAGGACCCCCAGACGGCCCUGGAUCGCUUCAAGGACAUGGUCCAGGUCUACCUGGAGACCGUCAAGGCCAGUGGCAAGGAAGCCGUUGCCCAGUUCGAGGCCUCUGCAGUUGGCAAGCAGCUUGACCUGAAGCUGUCAGACAACCUGGAAUCCCUUCAGGUGGCAGCGCAGAAGCUGCAGGUGGAGCUGGCUCCCUACUACACGCAGCUCCAGGAUCAGUGGUCGAAGGACACCGAGACCCUGCGGGCGGAGCUGACCAAGGAAAUGGAGGAGGUGAAGCAGAAGAUCCAGCCCUUCCUGGAUCAGUUCCACAAGAAGUGGACGGAGGAGCUGGAGAGCUACCGCCAGAAGCUGGCGCCCAUCGGCGAGGAGCUGAAAGAGAUGACCAAGCAGAAGAUGGAGGUCCUGCAGCAGAAGCUGACCCCCGUGGCUGAAGAGGCCCGGGACCGGAUGCGUGGGCACGUGGAGGAGCUGCGCAAGAGCCUGGCCCCCUACAGCGACGAGCUGCGCCAGCAGGAGCUCCGGGAGAAGGGCAUCCCGCAGGCCGCCGAGUACCAGGCCAAGGUGAUCCAGCACCUCACCACCUUCCGCGAGAAGGUCACGCCCCUGCUGGAGGACUUCAAGGAGCGCCUGACCCCCUACGCCGAGAACAUGAAGACCCGCUUCCUGGCCUUCAUGGACAGCGUCCGCAAGAGCAUGGAGAGCACCAAGUAGCAGCCCCGGGCCGAGGACUCACCCACCUGCCCCAGCCACAAUGAGCCCCCGAUCGAUCCGCCUGUCGGGGGCAAGGCGCGUCCCUUCCCCCUCCCCCGGCACUGGGCCAAGCUGGCCGGAGGAGCACGGCCCUGGGUGGCGCCGUCGAUCGCUGAUCCAUUGCCGCCGGGGGGUUGAAAUCAGCACACGGCUCGGGCGAGCCACGGCACCGCACAGGGCAAGGCCAGUCCGCUGGCAUGUCCUGCCCAGAGCCUGCCUCUUCGCUCAGGCGUGGGGCUCCCCUCCCCGAACCCCUCAUUCUCUCUUGUCAAAUAAAAGUGAUUUAAGUUCC